UUACGGUUAUUUUCUGCGCUGACUUCCUCGUACUUUGAUUUGUCGCUGGCAAUAUAAAAGCAACGCGGUUUCAUGUACUGGAAGCCACUGGCCACAAUUCAGAGAAGAUCGCAGAGGUCCUGCAGAAGCGACAAUAAGAUGACCCCGAAGGCAACACUCACUGCGUGCCUUGCACUGCUGUUGGCGGCCGUUGCACAAUGUGCAGUUGUAUCGUCACGUCUCGAAAACGACAGAGAAGAGAAGGUGAUUGCGACAGAUGUGGUGGAGGACAUCGCUGAGGAGAAAACGAAAGAAGUCGGCGUACUGGCACAAAGAACGGGAUUGGUGCUGAGCCAGCUAGGUCGUGACUUGGAACAACUUGCACAGGAGGAGAGAAGUGAAGCCACAUACGGAUUUUGGAAAGACCUUGGAAAUAAAAUAAAAAGCGGUGUCAAGAAGGUGUUGCCUAAGGUGCUGCCUAAGGCGAAAGAAUUCGUCAUAAAGAAGGCUGCAGAAAUCGCACAGAAGAAACUUAGAGAGUAUUUGGCAUCCCAGUCCCUCACAGAAGAAAACUUCGGCGAUCUCGUAUCGUCACUGGGCAAGAGCAUCCGUAACCUGGGCGAGGACCUCACCCGCGAGGGCGUACAGAUCCUUGACGGUGUUGCUCUGGAGAAAAAGCUCACUGAAGCCGAAAAGAAAUUUGUAUCCACUGUUGUUGAAGCUUUCAAGAAGGAAUGAAGCGUCGUUAAACGUAACAGCUUAUUGUAACAUAUACGUAAGAUAGAUAAAUGUAUCGUUUUUUUAAUGUAAUAUAUACGUGUAGUAAAGAGGAAAGAGAGAA